AACACUGCUAGAAAAUCCCUGCCAUCUGACGUAGAAGGAUUUAUAGGUUUAGUGGAAAUUGCUUUCCCCACUGUCCAGAUUAAAUACUGCAGGAUGAUUUUUUGUAUGAGUAAACAUCCUUCCACUAACGAUCAGACCGAUAAUGUCUUAAAAGGAGAAACAGGAUCUACAUUUUGAUUUUCUUCUUCUUGCAUGGACUAUUUCUGGAUACAGAACCUUCAGGUAACAUGUUGACUGUCCAUAAAAUGCAUUUUAGCAUCUUCCUGCUGUUGUGGGGAUGGGUUUUAUCCACUGAAUGCAGAGCACACCGACAAGGAAAAGAAAUACAUGAGGUGUACAAAAAAGGCAGCCAGCCCCAGCGGCAGAGACGCGAGGCCCGCGGCGAGGCGCACAAGCAAGGCAGCCCAAUCUUAAAACGAAGUCCUGACAUCACCAAGUCUCCCCUGACAAAGUCAGAGCAGCUGUUGCGAAUAGACGACCAUGACUUCAGCAUGAGACCAGGUUUUGGAGGCCCUGCAAUUCCUGUUGGGGUGGAUGUCCAAGUUGAAAGUCUGGACAGCAUUUCUGAGGUGGACAUGGACUUCACCAUGACGCUCUAUCUGAGGCACUACUGGAAAGAUGAGAGGCUGUCCUUCCCCAGCACCAACAACCAAAGCAUGACCUUUGAUGGAAGGCUGGUGAAGAAGAUCUGGGUCCCUGACAUGUUCUUUGUCCACUCCAAGCGUUCUUUCAUCCAUGACACCACCACAGACAACGUCAUGCUGCGGGUCCAGCCAGAUGGGAAGGUGCUUUAUAGCCUCAGAGUUACAGUAACAGCAAUGUGCAACAUGGAUUUUAGUCGCUUUCCCCUGGACACACAGACUUGUUCCCUGGAGAUUGAAAGCUAUGCCUACACUGAAGAUGACCUCAUGCUCUACUGGAAGAAUGGUAAUGAAUCCCUAAAAACAGAUGAGAGGAUAUCGCUCUCCCAGUUCCUGAUCCAGGAGUUUCACACCACCACAAAGCUUGCCUUUUACAGCAGCACAGGGUGGUACAAUCGCCUCUACAUAAACUUCACUUUACGUCGACACAUCUUCUUCUUCUUGCUCCAAACCUACUUCCCUGCCACCCUCAUGGUCAUGUUGUCCUGGGUGUCCUUCUGGAUCGAUCGCCGAGCAGUUCCUGCCAGAGUCCCUUUAGGAAUAACCACCGUGCUGACCAUGUCCACGAUCAUCACAGGGGUGAAUGCCUCCAUGCCCCGUGUUUCCUACAUCAAAGCAGUGGACAUUUACCUGUGGGUCAGUUUUGUGUUUGUCUUCCUCUCGGUGCUGGAAUACGCGGCCGUGAAUUACCUGACUACGGUGCAGGAGCGCAAGGAGAGGAAGCUCCGGGACAAGCCCCCCUGUGCCUGCAGCCUGCCUCAGCCCCGCCCCAUGAUGAUGGACGGCAGCUACAACGACGGGGACAUGAGCGAGCUGGGGCACUACGUGCCUGAGAACGGAGACAAGCAGGAGCGAAUGAUGGUGCAGCUGGCGCUGGGGGCAGAGAGGGGCUCGGGCAGGAGGAAAAGCCAGAGAUACGUCAGCAUGCGGAUCGACACCCACGCCAUCGACAAGUACUCCAGGAUCAUAUUCCCUGGUGCCUACAUCCUAUUCAAUUUGAUAUACUGGUCCAUUUUUUCAUAAACACACCCAACCUCUCUGUAGUCGCAGAGCGUUGUGACAUGAGGUGGAGGUACCACCUAAUAGGCUAAUGGAAAGAAAACAGGGAAUUGUUUUAACUGGAUGGAAGAUUGUUGUGGGGUGGGGUUUUUUUCUUCAGGAUUUUUUUUUUUUAUUAGAUGCAACUCCUAUGUGGCAUAAAUAAUUGUGCAAGUUUCACAUGUCAGCAAAAUACAGGACAUACAAUCUAAAACGUUAUACAUAUUUAAAGCUGUGCUAUGUUCCUUCUUGUGCCUCACAGGCCACUGCAAACUAUUUUAACAAGUGACUCUAAUUGCCAGCUGCUUAUUUAUGGUGCAUCUUCCAUUUUGUGCCCCUGAGAGCCUAAUUCUCUAAGCACCUGAGUGCAUCCAUCCAUCUCUAAACUCAGCAGACUGACCACGCUCAAUACUAGUAAACACAAAGAAUAUGCAAAUACUUGCAUGUUUGCAGGAUGAGGUCAGAAAUGGUCAUUAAAAACAAAAUAUCCAGUACCAGGAAAGACUUUGGCAAGGUUAUUACUGGCUAAAGCUUUUUUACACUGCUAAAUACGUGCUGUCCUAGCAGUACUGCACUGACAGGUCCACACAGGAAAGGAAUACUUUCAGAUUUGUGCUUUAUCUUGAUCUUAUUUAAGACAAAUCUUUCCAGGGUGUUUUGACUCUUUUAAAAAUAUGAAUUGCAAUGUACUAAGGAAUGAACAAAAGCUGGACUUUCUGCAAUGCUAACCAAAUCCUCUGGGAAAUACAGGAGCUCUCCUUGGAUAUGCUCAUUUGGGUCAGUGGGAGUUUUGCCCUUUAAUUUCCCGGGAAAGAACACAGGUUUCUCUACAAAAUGAUCCAGUGAGGACAAGUAGAUGUCUACAAAUAACGGAAUGUUUUGGGUUGGAAGGGAUCUUAAGCUUCACCUACUUCCAACCCCCCUGCAUGGGCAGGGACAUCUCCCACUAGACCAGGUUGCUCAGAGCCCCAUCCAACCUGCCCUUGAACACUUUCAGGGAUGAGGCUUCCCUGGGCAACCCAUCCACUGUCUCACCACCCUCACAAUGAAUAAUUUCUUCCUAAUGUCUAACCUAAAUCUACUGUCUUCCAGUUUAAAGUCAUUAUCCCUUGUCCUAUCACUACAUACCUUUGUAAAAAGUCCUUCUCCACCUUUCCUGUAGGCCCUUCAGGUUCUGGAAGGCUGCUGUAAAGUCUCCCUAGAGCCUUCUUAACCCCAACUCUCUCAGCAUGUCUUCACUGGAGAGGUGCUCCAGCCCUCUGAUUAUUUUCAUGUCCCUUCUCUUGGACUUCCUCCAAGAGCUCCAUGUCCUUAUUAUGUUGGGGGCUCCAGAACUGGGCACAGUACUUCAGGUGGGGUCUCAUGAGAGCAGAGGGAGAGACUCACCUCCCUUGACCUGUUGGGUUGCACUUCUUUUAAUGCAGCCCAGAAUACAGCUGACUUCCUGGGCUGCAAGAACACAUUGCUGGCUCAUGUUGAGCUUCUCAUCAACCAAAAAGACUAAAACUACUAUAGAAGCUGCUUCUCUCUGAUAUAGUCUGGAUGUUACUGGUCUGUACAGCCAGAGGAACCUGUUGCAGACUCUUAACUUCUGGUAACUGCUAAAGCCACUGGUAACUGCACUUGCUUCCAGGAAAAGCCUAGUUAAUCCAUUUUUAGUAAAUGCAAAAUAGAAAGAUGCUUAACAGGUAACAAAGCACUUGUAAGGUCUUUAUAUCUGAGUUAAAGAUACCAUGCCAAAAACUUUGAAAUGAAGUAAAAAAGAACUUCUACCACAGGACAGCAGCUCCACUGCAGACCCAGGUACACUUGACCAGCUGUUUUCAUGCUGCAUCUGUCCCACCAGCACCUUGCAGCCCACUAUGUCCUUAAAGCAGGCUCAGCACCUUCCAGGGCAGCAACAAGGAGACACAGCUGGGGGCACUCAGCAUUUACUUCAGUCCCAAACUCUACAUCAGUUUCUGCAAAACAGCCAGUCAGCAUAAACACUCCAUAUGGAAAAGGCAAAAUAUGUCACCCAGAAGUGAUAAAAUAUUAGGAAAACAAGCAUUGGAGGAAUGGAAUCAGGGGCCUUUACAAUAAUAACUGGAGCACCAAAGGUGUCUCAGAAGGUAAGGCUGUUCAGUUUAUCUGCUGCCUUGUGUUACCCACCUAUGUCAAUAAAGCUAACUGGUUUGGAUUAACCAGACUUCAAAUACAAGAUUUUGCAGACAAUUAAGAAAUCCAUUACUCCCCACACAACAGAUGCUGUUGUCUUUCACAGUGUAGCUGCUCUGAUAAUCAAAGUAGUUGUGUCUCCAAAAUGAAACUGAAUCUCCUUACAGGAAAUCCUCCCUGGACUGACUGAUCUGAUGCUCUAUGCAUCAGGUUUGUGAUACAGAUAGUGCAGUUGUUUAACACUGCUGGAUGUUGCUUUAAUUUCUUAUGUAAAUAAAUGUCAUGGAAACAUACUCAGCAUUUCUUACAACUGCUAAAAUAAUGAGCUGCAAAACUACCUACUCAUCUUGCACUUACAGCCUACACUCCAUGGGUGAGGCAAUGAAAUCACAAAAGCUAAAAUCAUUAGAAGACACCCCCAUCCGUAAGACAGUUUUACUACUCAUUUCCACACGCACAUACCACCUUAGCUUCAUUUUACCAAGUUUCCUUCACAUUAUUCUCCAGUGAGGUUUUUUUCAAGAGAUUAAAAAAUACAUUAUUGUCUUGUCAUAUAAACAUUUUGGUCAGACUAAGCUAGAAAGGUCACUACUCUGGAAAAAGCAGAUGAAAGACUGCCCACCAGGUUGGGCCACCCUCCCUUAACCCAGUGGCCCCUUCUCCCACAAGUAGCUCCAAGAUUUCAAAGGCAUGUACUUGCAUGGGAAUGUACUGAUAUUCUCAGUAUUGUAAAAACCCAUUUAUUUCUACAAUUUAAGAGCAGCAUGAACAGGACUGGCAGAUUUCACAGUAAACCCUCCAGGUUCAUAAGCAGCUUAAUGCUAUGUAGCUUGCUACAGUACUGUACAUCCCCUUAUAGACUCAUU